CGGCUGUCGUCUCAAAAUUCGAAUUGGAAUUGUGAGUUAGCGGAAUUAUUAUCGUUGAUUAUUUGUAAUAUAAUAAAAGUGCAUUUAAGGUUUUGCCCUCGAGAUGGUUGAGGCACAGAAGUACAGAAUUGAGCAAGAAAUGACCAAUUUGGUCAAUGAACUCGACAGGAGUUAUUUGCGAAAAAUGCAGGGUGAUAUGCACAGAUGUGCAGCCAAAUGCUGCGAUGAUCAGCAAUCAUCACUGGAGAGAGUGCAUGGAUGUAUAGAGAACUGCACGUCAUCUUUAAACCAGGCCAAUAAUUAUGUUCAGCAUGAAAUAAACCUCCUGCAAAACAGACUGCAGCGAUGUGUCAUGGACUGCAAUGAUUCAGCCAGGGACAGACUCGGCCCUGACCCUAGUCAAGAAACUAUCGACAAAUGUACAAUAGAAUUUGAGAAGUGCGCAGUGAAAUGUGUCGACAAGCACAUAGGAUUGAUUCCCAGUCUAAUGAAGACAAUGAAAUCGGUUCUCGCGAGCGGGAAACCGCCGCCAGUGAGGAACGAAUGAAACAAAUUGUAAAUGUAGAUUAAAUACAGAUACAGAUUAUAUAUGUCAACCAUAGAGUAACUAGACGUGACGUGUGUGUUGAUGAUUUAAAAAAAUUAAAGUGUCAUUUGAAAAGUGUCUUCAACAUACUGUGUUUUGUACUAAUGCUCUAGAGUCUAGUGCCAUGCAUUCAAAAAUAUAUUUUUAGGAAAAAUGUUCUCUUUUACUUCA